CUCGAGAUCAUGCGCGUCCAACAUCGGCAAGUACUGAAAACCAGGAACACCAGCAUAAUUUUCCGCGAAGGUGUUGACGGGUAAUUUGCAAGCAGGCUCGAGAGCGGCAACGACAAGGGUUUUUCCGACUGACAACAUGGCGGCCGGAGAGGGGGAUGAUUCACUUUACCCGAUCGCUGUAUUGAUAGAUGAGCUGCGAAACGAGGAUGUUCAGUUGCGGCUGAACUCCAUCAAGAAACUUUCGACCAUCGCCUUGGCUUUGGGAGUAGAAAGAACAAGAAGUGAACUUAUACCCUUUCUAACCGAAACAAUUUAUGAUGAAGAUGAGGUCUUGUUAGCACUUGCAGAACAGCUUGGUUCUUUUACCCCGCUGGUUGGAGGGCCAGACUUCGUACAUUGUUUACUGCGUCCACUUGAGAGUUUAGCAAAUGUGGAAGAAACAGUGGUUAGGGAUAAGGCAGUUGAAUCGUUAAGAACUAUAGCAGCAGAUCAUUCAACUCAAGACCUAGAAAUUCAUUUUGUUCCUCUAGUCAAGAGGUUAUCACAAGGAGAUUGGUUUACCUCUAGAACGUCAGCUUGUGGGCUGUUUGCAGUUGCAUAUGCUCGCGUUAACGCCAGCCUAAAAGCAGAAUUGAGAAGCCACUUCAAAAAUUUGUGUGCAGAUGAUACACCCAUGGUUAGAAGAGCUGCUUCUGGAAAACUUGGUGAAUUUGCAAAAUGUGUGGAGCUGGAGUAUGUCAAAUCAGAUCUUGUUCCAUUGUUCAAUAACUUAGCCAGCGAUGAACAAGACUCUGUUAGGUUGCUAGCUGUAGAGGGUUGUUCAAAUAUUGCUUCAAUUCUGCCUGAUGAGGAUAAAGAGACUUUGCUUAUGCCUACAGUGAGAGCUGCUGCACAGGACAAAUCAUGGAGAGUACGUUACAUGGUGGCAGACAAAUUUACAGAGCUGCAAAAUGCUGUGGGAUCUGAGAUCACUAAGACUGACCUGGUGCCAGCCUUCCAAGGUUUGCUUAAAGACUGUGAGGCAGAAGUCAGAGCUGCUGCAGCGGGAAAAGUCAAAGAUUUUGCUGAGAAAGUUCCAGAAGAGGUCCGUGAACAAGUCUUAAUGACAAACUUACUUCCUUGUGUCAAGGACUUGGUUAUGGAUGCAAACCAACACGUUAAAUCUGCUUUGGCAUCAGUUAUAAUGGGACUCUCCCCAAUGUUAGGAAAAGAUAACACCAUUGAACACCUUCUUCCUCUGUUUCUCACUAUGUUAAAAGAUGAGAUUCCUGAAGUUCGCCUCAAUAUAAUAUCAAAUCUGGACUGUGUGAAUCAAGUAAUUGGUGUUAACCAAUUGUCACAGUCCUUGCUUCCUGCCAUCUUUGAGCUUGCUGGAGACAACAAGUGGCGUGUACGACUGGCAAUCAUUGAGUACAUGCCAUUGUUAGCCAGUCAGUUGGGAGUGGAAUUCUUUGAUGAGAAGCUGAACAGCUUGUGCAUGACAUGGCUUGUAGAUCAUGUGUAUGCCAUACGAGAAGCUGCUGCCAAAAAUCUCAAAAAGUUAGUUGAAAAGUUUGGAGCUGAAUGGGCUCAGAACCAAGUUAUUCCCAAGGUGUUGGCCAUGGCUACAAAUACAAACUAUCUCCAUCGCUUAACCACACUAUACUCAGUGAAUGUUUUAGCAGAAGUCAUGGGACCAGAAAGUGUAGUGAAGCUCAUGCUUCCUGUCGUAAUUGGUUUAGCUGAUGAUUCUGUCGCUAAUGUUCGCUUUAAUGUUGCUAAAACUUUACAAAAAAUCGCACCCGCUCUGGACGAGAGCACCAUCAAAUCGCAGAUCAAACCUGUCCUUGAUAAACUGAAUGGCGACACUGAUGUAGAUGUGAAGUAUUUUGCUCAGGAAGCUUUGACAGUUUUCUAGUACCAUCUUCAAGAUUUGUCGUUAUUCUGCCUACAGCCCAACCAUCGUAUCUCUUGAAGUAGUGCACUGAUGAGAUGACCGUUUAGACUUAUCCAGCCCACGCAUGUGUGAUCUAAGAGUUUGGUCGGCUCAGUGAUUUAAUGGAAUGAUUUCAAGUAGGCAUUAGAUGGCAUUUUAAUCAACUGAUCGGUGUUAAACUAAUGUAAGAAGCAACGAAACUGAAAGCCCCUAACUGAGCGCACUUUCAUAUAUGUUAUUUCGUGAACAGGUACAAUUGAGUCGAAUAUUGCCCAGGAAAAUACUUUUUUAUAUAAUUUUCCUUUAUUUGUAAGGGGACGAGAAUUAAACUUCUUUUGCUGGAAAGUAAGAAAUCGACUUUUGGUGUUUACAAGGUAAAUUUACUGGACUAGAUUGAUUUGCCUGUGCUCAGCUUGCGAUUUAGUUAAGUGGAAAUUACAGUGAAGAAUAUCAAAGAAGUAGAGGUUUCGAGAGGUAAUUAGUUUUCGUUUCAUACAGAAGUUAAACGGAGUUGAAAAUUGUGUACUUGUGGAAGAUUUUAUAAUUGCUAUUGUUAUUGUUUUGGUAAACAUUAAACGUGUAUAGCUGACAUUUUGACUGUACGUGUGAACGGAAUAACAUUAGUUAUUGUAUUAAAAGUCUUUGCUGUCUUCAAA